UAUUCCACUUUAGCCUAAAGUCGUGGUUCAAAAUUGUUGUUGUGUUCGAUGAUUUUAUCUGGACGAAUGAUCCACACAAAUAUGAUUAAGAGAACCACAUUAAUAAUAGCUUUAAUUCAAUUAAAGCUAUUAAUGUACAAUCUUUAAUUCAAUUAAUAGACAGUUUCUUUUUUGUUAAAUGUACUUCGAACCAUUGCCAAUUUGGGGAUUCCACGAAGGAAUGUCCCUAUGAGUGCGAAGUUCAUUUCUUUAGCCAAGGAGACAAUUUCUUCUUCUGAAAAAGAAACUGUCGGCAUUCCGUUGAGGCGUGAAGGCUGUUUUAAGGGAAAAGAUGGGUUAGGCUGUUUGAGGAUCUCCGCGAAAGAUCUUGUGUGGUGGUUAUUGUCUGUUUGUGGCUGUUUGUAGGAGUAGGUGCCUCUGGGGUUGACAGUUCGACCGGCGUUCACUGGUUGGGCCGGUGGGGAUGAAAGAGUUGCUGCAUAAGAGACUUUAAGAGGUGGUGCUGGGAUUGAGCUGCGGUUUUGGGCUGACGUAGCUGUUGCUGCAGUUUCUGGAAUGCUGGAGAUGUUCUGGUUGUUCUUCGUCUGCUGCUGUGCCGGGCUGAGCAGAUUGCAAACAAUCUUGUGCAAGCAUUGUACGUUUUUAAAGGACCUAUUAAAUGGCAACAAUGCACCGAUUAGUUGAUGUGACGCCUGAAACACCCAUGUGGACAUAUGAGGUUCGUGUUGCUCAUAAGUCUGCACCUAAGCAUAACCCAACAACCGGGAAGAGACACCUACAUAUGUUCCUUGAGGAUAAGGAAGGCAUACGCAUCUCAGCCAUGGUAUUUAACCAUGGCGUAGAGAUGUAUGAUAUGACUAUGAAGCUCAAUUCGUCUUAUCACAUCUUGAACGCUAAUGUUCGCGUACCACAGAACUCCUACAAAGUGCCAGAUAUGAGGUAUGGGUUCACAUGGGUUCUCAAUCGUAGAACAGCUAUUCAACCAUGUGAAAAUGCAAAUGAAGCUGAAGUUUUUGAGACUAAAAGGCUCUCCACAUUCAGUGACCUAUAUCAGCACAUGAAGACUGGGCAGCACAUAUCAAUGAUUGUUGUUGUAAUUGAUAAACUUCCAAGAGAAACCCAGUCCACUUCAAAUGGUGUCCGGACUAUCAAGGAUUUCAUUGUGGUUGAUGAACUACUGAAACCGGUGCAAUUCACACUUUGGGAUGAGUUGGCGCUAACUAAGGGAGUUGAAAUCUUUGAUGAACUAACUGAAAAAAAGUAUCCUAUAGUGAACCUAGAAGACAUUAAGGUUACCGACUUCAAAGGGAUAUCUUCGACUUCAAUGUCUCAUUCAACAGUCACUCUCAAUUCCGAUUUGCCUCGUGUUGCAGAAUUGGAGAAAUGGGCUAUUGACCACAAGUCCACCCUCGAUGCUAUGAAGGUUGGCCGUGAGUUCUUGGAUGCUGGCUUCCACCAAGCAAAUCCUGACAACAAAACAAUCACUCAUUAAUAGCUAAAGUCUCUGCUAUCAUUCCUCAAGGAAGACCUAUUUGGAUCAAAGGCACAAUCACUUUGGUUUUAGAAUACUAUAGCCUCUGGUAUGUUGCUUAUAACCAUUGUGCCAAAUUAAAAUAUGCUGGUUGUGACGCAAUAUUUCACUGCAUGAAUUGUGGUCAACAACAUGCUUAUGGCGUUCCAAGGCAAGUACGCCACUUGUAUUACACCAUACAACAUAAGUAUACGUCAUUUUCCUCAAAAAAUCAUAUUAUAUAUCCUUCGCGCAUGGCCAAAUUACAUGUCACAAUCGAAGAUGAGACAAGAUCUGUCAGUGGAAUAAUGUUUGGCUUGUGCGCUGAAAAGUUAUUGCUUAUGACAAGCAGGCAAGUCAUGUAAAUAGAAUCACAUGUAACAUCAUCCACAAUACCACCCAAUUAAUUUAUCGUUUAAUGAAACCAAAUAUAUUUGUUUUUUGAAUUUGUUUUUUGCAUUUGUUUACUAUUGCCAAAAACAUUAACUACAUUGUAAAAUUAAUUAAAAAUGUCACCCAAAGCUUUAUUCGCCAACUCUAUGCCAUAGAUUUUUUAACAAAAUCAUCAAAUGAAGCAUAAUCUCUUAUGGAAUUUGGGUCCUGUAGAAAUAUGAAUAGUAUACACAUUGUCAUUUGUCAAAGUCUAAUUUUCUACUAGAUUUAAAUGCUAUAUGAAACCACUCAUUGAAAUUCUUUUGUACUUGGUAGGGGAAAAAAGCUUCAUUCCCAUACAUAAACAAGCGCCUUGCUAAGGAAGAGUACAUAGUCCAGUUGAGGUCUUCGCAAGACAAUUGGAGUUCAAAAACCAACUAUCCUCGUAGUUCAAAGACAUCUUAUAUCAUAACAUCUUUGCACGAGUCUUCAUUGCACAUAAUAAAUAUGGAUGCAGCAAAUGCUGCCGAUCACACUGCACCCGGUGAAAGCACAGGCACUUCAAGACCUCCAAUGAAACGCAUCAAAACAGUGUGACGGAGAGUACACAACCAUCCAAACCAUUCCACGACUCAUCAAACUGUGUUAUUACAUUCAAAUACUUUCAUUUUUGCAGUACUAUGUUCCAUUUUGAUUUUUGAAUGUUAUCGCUCCUGCAACCAUAAACCUAUUUUCCCAUUACACACUACUAAGCUUGUUUCCAUGAUACAAUAUUAUGUCUAUUUCUUCUCACUUUAAUAAAUUACACACUAGUAAUGCAAUCAUAAAAUUUUCAUUAUUCUAUUUGGGAGUUCUAUUUCAAUGUUAUUUCAAAAGGGAAUGCAUGUUGUACACACACUGCCACACAAACAUUGGGGUUGUUUGGUAAACGGCUUAUCAGCCGUUUUUUAGCUUGUUUGACUCAAAAUAGAUGUUUGACUAGGUUAAAAAGCCAAAAAUGUUGUUUGGUAAUCAGCUUGUCCAUUCGACUUAUCGAUGCGAAGAAGCCGAUUUUUGAAACGUCAGACCACCCAGCGUUUAGGUUUUAUUUCGGCUUAUCCAAUUUUUUUUUGCCGUCUAUACCCUGCUGUGCAUCUCCAUUUUCUCAGUCGUCUUUCUUCUUCGCCAAAUAACAAAGUAUAUCAGAAAACAAUAAGCUACCAAAAUCAGAGAAAGGGUCAAGGAAGAAAGAUCUUCAUUACUUCCCAAGACUUCAGCCCAGAUGGCUCCUCUACGAAAGAAAAGUAUAGAUGAUUCUCAAAGCGGUGAACAUGAUAAUACAAUUGAAAACAAAGCCGGACGAGUUACUUGGUCAAAAAACUCACUUCACGUCCUUUGUGAUCUUUGUAUUAAGCAUGUUGAAAAAAGUAAAGGAAAAAAUGGUGGAGUUGUAUCUCAAAGAUUGGUGUGGAAGAAAAUUGAGUUGGAUUUUCUAAAGGAGACUAAGUUACCAUGGGAUAAAAUGAAAUUGAAAAACAAGCUUGAUUCGAUGAAAAAAGGGUGGAGCUUGUGGAAACAAUUGAAGGGAAAAGAAACAGGCUUGGGAUGGGAUCAUGUGAAGGGAACUAUAAGUGCUUCUAGUGAUUGGUGGGCUUUCAAAAUACAGGAAAAUUCUAAGUUUGAAUCAUUUCAAGACGAAGGGAUUGAGCCCGAGCUUGAAUACAAAAUGGAUCAAAUCUUUGCAACGUCCGCCCAAGGAAAUCUAAAGUACACUCCAGGAAAUAUCAUCUCAGAAGAAGAUUUGCAUGUGGAUGUUGAUGAUGUUUAUACUCCUUCCCUACCUACUGAUAUUCAUCAUGAUAUGGGUGCUGGAGAGGAAGAGAAUAAUGAGGGUGGAAACUGUACAACUAAUGCAUCAUGGGAUGAUUUGUGGAGUGAGCUUACCCCUACGUCUUUAUCUCCUUCCGAGCAUAUCCCUCAGAGCUCACAAAUUGAAAGAGAUGAGAGAAGGAAAGGUAAGAGGCCACUUGAAGGUGAUUCAUCACAAAGCAGUAAAAGUGGCAAAACAAAUCAAACAAAAAAAACAGGGAUGGCGGCAUUUCAAGAAAUGUUUGGUGGCAUGAUGGAAGUGGUUUCGAAAAGGGGUGAAUCAAUCAACGAAAUUACUAAUUUAAUGAAAGAUAUGAUUAAAGCCAAUUCAAGUAAGAACACUUCAGAAUACAGUCUUGGAGAAGCAAUGGCAAAACUGUGUUGCUUGGAUGGUCUAUCUACCACUUCUCCCGAGUUUUUCUUUGGUUGUUCAAUGUUUGAAGAUCCGCAACGACGGACAAUUUUCUUUUGUUUACCGGAUGACAAUAGUAGGGUUGAGUACAUCAAGUUUAUGUACAAUAAGUUAGGGAACUAAAUUUGUUUGGAUGUUUAUGAGCUUUUACCUUAGACAUUUAAUUUUCUUAU